AUGGGCAAGGUUUAUGUUAUCGGCGUCGGCUCGACCAAGUUUGACAAGCCCCGCGGCCAGCGCGAGUACGACGAACUCGGUGUCGAGGCUGCCGUCAAGGCUCUCAUCGACGCGGGCGUGACCUACGACAAGGUCGAGACCGCGGCUGCCGGAUACGUUUACGGCGACUCUACAUGUGGCCAGCGCGUCCUCUACCAGCUCGGUAUGACUGGUAUUCCAAUCGUCAACGUCAACAACAACUGUUCGACCGGUUCCUCGGCCUUUGUUAUGGCCGUGAAUGCCGUCGCCGCCGGCCAGGCCGAGUGUGCUUUGGCUGUCGGGUUUGAGCGCAUGGCCCCUGGAUCACUCGGUAGCGCGUACAAGGACCGCCUGCCGCCAAUGGAGGGCACGCACCGCCAGCUCGUCGAGAUUGAGAACUCGAAGAACUACUCCACCAAGGAGACUGGUCCCGGUGCCGGCCGUAUCUUUGGAGCUGGUGGCCUCGAGUACUGCGAAAGGUACGGUGCAAAGCAGGAGCACUUUUACAAGAUCGCCGCCAAGAACCACCUCCACAGCGCCAAGAACCCGUACUCCCAGUUCCGGUUCACUCCUACUUGGCAGGAAGUUGGCAACGCCCGCAAGAUUACUCGCGAGCUCACCCUCCCUAUGUGCUCGCCCACUUCGGAUGGUGGUGCUGCUGCCGUUGUUGCCUCCGAGGCCUUUGUCAAGGCGAACGGACUGGAGGACCGCGCCGUCGAAGUCGCCGGAUGGGCGUUGACCACCGAUGCUCCUCUUCUCUACGACGCCAAGAGCCGUAUCGAGCUCACUGGAGCCGACAUGGCCCGCCGUGCCUCCAAGAAGGCGUACGCCAUGGCCGGUAUUGGACCCAACGACGUCCAGGUCAUUGAGCUUCACGACUGCUUUGCGCCCAACGAGCUUCUUACUUAUGACGCUCUGGGUCUCAGCAAGCCCGGAGAGGCGCACCACAUUGUCGACCGCGGAGACAACACUUACGGCGGCAAGUGGGUCGUCAACCCCUCUGGCGGCCUCGAGUCCAAGGGACACCCCCUCGGCGCUACUGGCUUGGGCAUGAUCUUCUACCUCACCCUCCAGGUGCGUGGUGAGGCUGGCGACCUCCAGGUUCCCAAUGUUCGCAAUGCGCUCCAGCACAACCUCGGUCUCGGUGGCGCUUGCGUUGUCUCCAUCCUCCGCAAGCCCGAGUUCUGGAAGAAGGGCUCGACUUCGGCCCAACGCUACGGCUACAAUGUCGCCAACGAGGUCCGCGGCAUCACCAAGGCCGACCUCAACAAGGUUCGCGCCAGGCAGCACUCGGACUAUGUUCCUGUCAAGGUCGCCGACCAGGCGCGCCUGUAA